GCCCAAGAUACCUAGCAUCCCGUGCACGUUUCAAACAUUCUGGAGAUUGCUACUUGUAUAUAUCUUUUAGCAACUCUCACUGGGAUUACAAACCCCCAGCGGCGACGACCGAUGGUGCCGGCUUGUUUCAUGACGUUUGCGCCUGCCCGCUACACAUUCCAGAGACUGUAACCUCGAAGCGCCGCCCGAAGUGCCGUCAUCGACACCAAGGAUCCUAGCAGCCCAAACAAGUUCGCUCGACGACCACUUGACCAACUUAUUUAGCCCACUCGUAAGAAAUAAACAUACACAGCAGUCUGGAUCUUGGAUGGAAUAGCUGGGGGCAUACGGAGAACAAAGCUUCUAGCUUCGCCAGAUGACCGCUCUUCUGGCGGCGCAAUGGGCACCCUUGGCGGCUUGUCUCCCGGAGGAAGCAUUGCCCUUGGGAUCAUAGUCGGCCUCGUUUCCACCAGCGUCCAGAGCCUCGGCCUCACCCUCCAGCGCAAGUCGCAUAUCCUCGAAGACGAAAAAGACCCGCACGAUGUCCGCCGACCGCCACAUCGACGGAGGAGGUGGCAGCUUGGCAUGGGCAUGUUCAUAGUCGCCAAUCUCCUGGGGAGCACCGUGCAGAUAUCCAUGCUCCCUCUACCGGUCCUGUCAACGCUGCAAGCGUCUGGUCUGGUGUUCAACUCAAUAUGCGCAACCCUCAUACUCGGAGAGCCGUUCACGAGAUGGUCGCUAUGGGGGACGCUAUUGGUCUGCGGCGGGGCUGUGCUGAUCGCCGUGUUUGGGGCGAUUCCCUCCCCAGCGCAUAAGCUGGAGGAGCUCCUGGAGCUACUGGGCCGGCGGUCGUUCGUGCUGUGGAUGUCAUUCCAAGCUGUGUUGGUGGUCGGGAUAGCUGUGGCCACUGAUCUCACCAACCGUUUCACAAAACACUCUCAGAACCCGCGCUUCCGCCUAGCUCGGGGGCUGGCCUACGGCUCUAUCAGCGGCAUCUUGUCAGCCCACGCGCUGCUCCUUGCCAAGUCAGCAGUAGAGCUGGUUAUGAGGACAAUAACAGACCGCGACAACCAGUUCGUCCAUUGGGAAUCCUGGAUGCUGGUUCUUGGCUUGGUUAUUUUGGCGCUCAUACAGCUCUACUACCUGCAUCGAGGUCUAAAGCUGGUUUCGACAUCUGUGUUAUACCCCCUUGUUUUCUGCAUUUACAACAUCAUCGCUAUCCUCGACGGACUCAUCUACUUCCACCAGACCGACCUCAUCUCCCCGCUUCGAGCAUGCCUCAUUACCCUUGGAACCGUCAUCCUCCUAUCUGGCGUCCUCGCGCUAUCCUGGCGCCUCAGCGACGAGCAGCACCCCCCUGCCGUAGGCCAGUCAACCCUCACCCCCGGCCUCGGUCUUGUGGAGGACACUGAGGGCGAGGAGGAAGAGGAGGAGCUCCUCCUCAGCUCCAACAUAGGCGACGAGGAUAACCUGCUCCCAACGCAGUACUCGUACAGCACAUUUGGCCGGACAGAGAACGGCGAAGACGCAUCUCCAAUGGGCCCGGCAAGGAAGAAGUCGAUGGUCCCGUCGAUGAAGGUAUCCACCCCCAGAUGGACGGAGAGGGCCGAGAUCCUCGGCGAGCUCGAGGACAGAGACACCCCGGACUCGCCCUCACCCACCAUCAACAGGAGAUGGUCCAGCGCACUGCCAUCAGCACGGAGCGAGUCCACCCCGCUCCUCCUCCACCCCCGCCGAGGCACGAGCGGUGGCAGCCUCAUGCCCCCAUCCGUCCCCGAGACCGCGGAGGCCGACCAACAAGGACCGCCCGCCGCGCGCAAGGCGUUCCGCCGCAGGAGGAAGUCCACCGGCUUCCCGGGGUUCACGGCGCGCAAGGCGACGCGGCGGAAGAGCAGCGCCGGGGCCGGCGGCGGCGUGCUCCACGACGCCCUGGGCGGCCUCUGGAGGCUGCGGUGGUGGCAGCGGCAGCAGCAGCAGCAGCAGCAGCAGAAUAGGGUAGGCGACGACGACGACCCCGAGGCCUCGGCGGGCCAGGCCGGGAGCGCUGUCGCUGAUCUCCCGAGGCCGGAGGUGGAGUUGUCGCCGGGCCGGAGACCGGGGCAGGCGCGGUACGGGGGUGGGAGCGGGAGCGGGAGCGGUGGGGGUGGGAGUGGUAGCGGGGGCUCGAGGAGCCGAAGCGUUAAUGGUGAUUCCCCUGUAUAAGAGCGAGCACGCUUGGGUGUACAUGAUGGCUUGUGUUUUAUCGGUUUGCUAAUGUUGGCUUCAUUACCAUUUACACGCAUCGGUAGCGUAUACACAGUCGAGGACACAAUAAUAUAACGCAGGAGAGAGCUAGGAUAGUUCAUCACUGUGGAUGUCGGUCUUCAACACUGCGACUGUGAACAGGUUGGUUUCACAAUCGAAGAACAGAAAACGCCGCAGACUACCGGUGUCAUCUGUGACUGUGAUCAUGUCCAUUGCAGAAAAUAUAUAUACG